GCCACGUCAAUAUCAUCCACCCCAUCCUCUUCUCUGCAAGAGACAAGAGCUAUAAAAUUAAUUCCGUUGAUGGCCUCACUCUUCCCCACAAAUCAAUUGAAGAGAUAUUCCAAUGGAGCAGGAGCAGCAGCAGAUCACCAUAACCAAUGAUUUCCCCUCCGACGAUCAUGAUUAUCUAUCGGGAUUCGGCAACACCUUCGAAUCCGAAUCCAUCCCUGGAUCAUUGCCUCGCAGACAGAACAGCCCUCUCUUAUGCCCCUACGGUCUCUACGCAGAACAGAUCUCCGGCACCUCCUUCACUUCCCCUCACAAACUCAACCAACGCAGUUGGUUAUAUAGAAUCAAGCCAUCGGUCACUCACGAGCCGUUUCAGGCAAGGUUUCCAAGGCACGAUAAACUCGUGAGUGAAUUUGAUAAAUCAAACAGUUAUACAACGCCCACGCAACUGCGGUGGAAGCCAAAGCCAGUAGAUACUGUUGAAGAAUCAGCACCAAUUGAUUUUGUUGAGGGCUUGUAUACAGUUUGUGGAGCUGGCAGCUCCUUCCUCCGCCAUGGAUUUGCUAUUCACAUGUAUACCGCCAAUAAAUCCAUGGAUGAUCGUGCUUUUUGCAAUGCCGAUGGCGAUUUCUUGAUUGUUCCACAAAAAGGAAGAUUGUGGAUCGCUACUGAAUGUGGGAAAUUGCAAGUCUCUCCUGGUGAAAUUGUUGUUAUACCUCAAGGAUUCCGUUUCGCUGUAGAUUUGCCAGAUGGCCCGUCACGUGGUUAUGUGUCUGAGAUUUUUGGAACCCAUUUUCAACUUCCUGAUCUUGGGCCAAUAGGUGCUAAUGGUCUUGCUGCUCCAAGGGAUUUCCUUGUUCCCAAGGCCUGGUUUGAAGAUGGUUCCAGACCAGGAUACACUGUCGUUCAAAAGUAUGGUGGAGAACUUUUUGUUGCAAAACAAGAUUUUUCUCCCUUCAAUGUGGUUGCUUGGCAUGGUAAUUAUGUUCCAUAUAAGUAUGAUCUCAAUAAGUUUUGCCCUUAUAAUACUGUCUUGUUUGAUCACAGUGAUCCAUCAAUAAAUACAGUUUUGACUGCACCAACUGAUAAACCUGGCGUGGCAUUGCUUGAUUUUGUUAUUUUUCCUCCCCGAUGGCUGGUUGCUGAGCAUACGUUCCGACCUCCAUACUACCAUCGCAAUUGUAUGAGUGAAUUUAUGGGCCUGAUUUAUGGUGGAUAUGAGGCAAAAGCUGACGGCUUUCUCCCAGGAGGUGCAAGCCUUCAUAGCUGCAUGACUCCACAUGGUCCUGAUACAAAGACAUACGAGGCUACCAUUGAGAGUGGGCAUGAUGCAGGACCAUCCAAAAUCACUAAUACACUGGCUUUCAUGUUUGAAUCAUGUUUAAUUCCCAGGAUCAGCCUUUGUGCUCUUAAGUCACCGUUAAUGGAUAAUGAUUACUACCAAUGCUGGACUGGACUCAAAUCCCAUUUUUCCGGCGAAGGAGCAGAUAGCAAAGGCAAUGGUGUAUAGAAUUCACCCAAGGGAACCCGAAGCGGAGGUAACUCAGAUCUGAUUUGGUCUUUAAUAUAAACCUUGGGCAUGCAUGAGCCUUUAUUCGGUGAAACUUGACAGCUUAGUUUUGUACAUAUAAAAGAAGGUGAAUAUAUAAAUAGAAAUAGAAAUAAUCAAAUACAGGAAAUGUAGCCUUUUAUCUUAUGUGAUCAACACUAAUCAAUGAAUGACAUUUGUACAUAA